AUGCCCAUCCGGGCCACCAGCUCCUCUUCGGCUGCGCCUCCUGCUCCGGGCCCCUCCGCCCGCGCUGCUUGGGCAACGGUGUGUGGUGAGAUUCCGACCUGGUGCCGAAACGAACUGUCUCACAGCGGGGGAGACUUCAGUCUCCCCGUUUUAGAUUUCAUCUUCGACCGGGUCAUCCAGUACACUCACGGGGAGGACGCGGACUUCCGAGAAGUUCAAGAGAUCACCGCCGAGGAGCGGGAGCUUCUCGAUGAGGUGGCCACGACGGUGGCAAAGAUGACAACGGCCGAGUCCGGUCCGCCCCGACCCGCCGUCUUCCCGUGUCUCCUCGCCUUUCCUGGGUAUGACCCGGGAGUUUCUGGAACAUCCGAGCAGUCCCUGCAGUCAAUGGAGAGGUGA